AUGUGCUGCUCCACUUGCUGCCAGCCCAGCUGCUAUGGGUCCAGCUGUUGUGGAUCCAGCUGCUGCUGCCGCCCAUGCUGUGUGUCCAGCUGCUGCCAGCCUUGCUGCCGCCCAUGCUGUGUGUCCAGCUGCUGCCAGCCUUGCUGCCGCCCAUGCUGUGUGAGCAGCUGCUGCCAGCCUUGCUGCCGCCCAUGCUGUGUGUCCAGCUGCUGCCAGCCUUGCUGCCGCCCAUGCUGUGUGUCCAGCUGCUACCAGCCUUGCUGCCGCCCAUGCUGUGGGUCUAGCUGUUGCCAGCCUUGCUGCAACCCAUGCUGUGUGUCCGGCUGCUGCCAGCCAUGCUGCUGUACAAGCUGGUGUCAGACGACCUGCUACAGAACCUCCCGUUGCCAGCCCAGCUGCUGCUGCCGCCCUUGCUGUGUGUCCAGCUGCUGCCAACCAUGCUGCCAGCCAUGCAGACGCCCUUGCUGUGGGUCUGCUGCUGCCAGCAUCCUGCUGCUGAUCACCUCAUCAAAGAAACACCUUCUUCAUACACCAUCUGUUAACUGA